AUGGAAGAAAUAAGGCAUGAAAUCGAAGAGGAAAAUAUAAGAACAAGAUCAAAUGUAACAGAAGAGGAAGAAGAAGUCUUGGAAUAUGAAGAAGAAGACAUAGAGGAAGGUGCAAAGAAAUGCAAUCACAGCCUAGUAGGAAAGCUGGUGACAGACAAGAACAUCAACCCAACAUGGGUCCAAACGGCUAUGUUCAACAUUUGGAGAAGGCCAGAGGGCUUUAAGAUGGUAGAGAUCAAGCCAAAACUUUUUCAGUUUUUCUUUCAUAAGGAAAUAGAUAUGAGAAGAGUUCUGAAAGGAAACCCAUGGAUGUUCCGAAAUUCAUGGCUACUGAUCAAGAAAUGGGAAAGAAGAGUAAACCCAUCAGAAACAGAUUUUUCUAGAACAGAAAUUAAACUUCAAAUAUGGAACAUGCCAGAGCAUUGUAAGACAACAACUUUAGGAAGAAAAAUCGCUGCUAGGGUGGGAGAAGUCAUGGAAUGCAAUGUAUUCUCAGCGGGUCCAGGAAAAGGAAACUUUCUUAAAGCAUCAGUCAUGAUAAGGAUAGAGGAUCCACUGAAAGAAGGCUUAAACAUGGGGAGUAAGCGAGAUGGUUUAACAAAGGUGGAGUUCAAAUAUGAAAGGCUGCCCACAUUUUGCUACUUUUGUGGCAGGAUCGGACAUGAUGUAGCAAACUGUGAGAUAGCAGAAGCAGAAGAAGAGCACACCAGUAGUUCAAAAAAAGGGCUGGGAGCCUGA